CUCCCCAGGAGAGCAUCUCUCCUCCAGAGCCCUGUGAGGUGUCCACGGUCCAGCUGCUGCAGAUGGGUGAGUAGAGGGCUCCCCAGGGCUGGCUCGAUGCCGGGACCCCGUUUCCUCAGCGUGGGGCCAUUUAAAGCUCUUCGCCGUCUGGGAGGCUCGUUGGCGAAGGUGGGGUGUCCUACCGACUCUUCCUUGUUACCUGUAGGCGAGACACUACUGGAGGAAGAUCCAGAGCUCACAGAGCUCCAACCAAGACAGGACUCUGGGAGCACCUGGCUGCUUUCUUCGCUUGACAGCAGCGACAUGACAAUGGUGUUUGGCGAAGACCUCCAGCCUUCUGAGAGGAUGGAUGUUCUCCUCAUGGCCAUUGAGUCCUUGACAGCAGAUGAUGUCCAAGACAGGCAGAUGGGCAGAGACAUCGUGGACACGGCCAUGAGAGACCCCGCGUCCUGGCUGAUGGAUGUACCAAAAAUUAUGAGAUACAUCCACAAAAAUGUGGAGCACAUCCACACGGAGCCAGCCCGGAACAGCUUGGACUCACUGCUGCUGCUGCUGACCAGGUGGAGCUCCAGGGAGGUGGUCCGGAGCCUUCUGAGGAUCUCUCCAAUGUGUGACAGCGCUGCCAUGGCCAUGUGGGAGGUGAUGAUCUCCAUGCCCUGGGAUUUGAGGAGUGUCUUGCUGGAGCUGGUCGAUGUGCUUCAGGACUGGCGGCUGCGCAGGGUGUUCAGCUCUGCCACGGAGGACGCCUGCAUCUACCCCUUGGCUCAUCUGCUCUGUGCUGACAUUGACACGAAGGAGUUUGCUGCCCUCUACAAAGCCCAGAGGUACCUGAGGCAUCCCUGCCCUCUGAUGCUCUCGCUGGUGCUCACGGGCCUUGUCACGCUCUCAGAAACACCUGAAACGGCCAGAAAACUCCCGGUGCUGAUGCCUGACAUACUGGAGACCCUGACAGAUGCCAACGCCGAUGUCAAGACAAAGGCUCUGGUGGUGUUCAUCAAUGUGAUGGGUCACAUGAAGAGGGAAGAGGCCAGCCUCAUCUCCCUGAAGCUGGCAGAGAAGCUCCUGCCCCUCUUCGAUGAUGAGUGCAGCCAGCUGCGGGAGCUCUCCAUACGCCUCUUCAAAGACGUGACGAAGACCGCAAUGGGGAGAAACAAGAAAAAAAUGGUGAAGAAAGUGCGGAGUGUGCUGCUCCCACUGUUACUCCAUAUGAGUGACCAGGUGGAGAGCGUGGCCAAGGCUUCCCGGGACACCCUCAUCGCCUGUGGAGACUUCCUGGGCUACAGCAGGCUCAGCUCCUUGGCCAAGACAUGGCAGACAGACCUGAUUGGAGAGUGCUUGAUAAUGCACAACAGGAACAGGCUGGAUGAGUAUCUGCUGCAGUGCCUGCCCUACCUGAAGGAACCUCAGGCCCCCGUGCGAGAGGAGGCCGUCAGGUUCAUCGGUGAGUCCCCGGGGACCCACUUCUGGCCACCCAGCCCCAGUCUCCACUGGUGGGCUCGCUGGGGGUCUUGCUGGCUCCCAGUGCCCUUGGGUGCUGUCCUUGCCAGGGGCCAGCCCUGCCCAGGGGGAGCCGAGCUCUGA